UUGAAACCAAACGAAACGCAACGCGAGAUGCAGCUGCUCCACAUUUGCCUUGUGGGCUACCUAAUGAUUGCCCUGGCCUGGGCAGCGCCCACCAGCGGGAAUGGCACCGUAGAUCAAGAGGAUCAGGAGGACCUUAACGCAAAUACACCCUAUAUGAAAGCAUUGCUACGUGAAUCAAAAGUCGCAGAGAUGCAGAGCUUUAUGAACGCCAAGGUUGAUCCGUGCCACGAUUUCUACGACUUUGCCUGCGGCAACUACGACCACAUCAACUCGGCUUUACGCAUGGAAGUGCUCACCACCGGCGUUUUUGAGACAGUGACCAAGGGUCUUAAUCGCAAGAUUCUGAAAAUGCUCAACAAGCAUUACAAAUAUGACACCCCGGAGGACAUUCAGGUGAAACAUUUCUACGAGUCAUGUAAGGGACUAAAAGAUCUCUAUCCCGCUUAUCCUGAAAAACUGAGGAGGCUGAUCGCCGAAUUUGGAUCAAUGCCAGUGCUCGAGGGCUCCAGCUGGAAGGAGUCAGAGUUUGACUGGCUGAAUACAGUCGCCCGCAUGUCCAACCGGUACGGAAUUGCACCAAUUUUGGGUGCCGAGGUGAGCAAGGAUUUUGCAAGCAACCAGAGGAACCGUGUCUAUGUGGGUCAGCAGGAGUUUCCCCUUGAGUCGCGGAGCAUGUAUGAGGGCAAUGCCACGCAGACCUAUCGCGACAGAUACCGCAGCACAAUCCAACGCUAUCUGCAGCGAUCUCUGCACGUGUCCAAGGAGCUGGCCAAGCCGACAGCCCAGGAGCUACUCGACUUCGAGGUGGAUCUGGCCAUGGGACUUGUGGACGAGAGCGAGGGUCUGGACCUGAACGACUUGACAACGCUGCAUACUGUGGAGGAGAUGCACAAGCUGUAUGAACCAACUCUGGACAUAAAACGUUUGAUAUUUGUGACCCUAGGGGAGCGGGUAACCGAUCAGAUAUAUGAGUUCAACUCUCGCUAUAUGAGAAACCUGGUCGAGGUAAUGAAGCGCACACCGCUCCGAACGGUGGCCAACUACGUGUUCUUCCGACUUAUCUAUGAAUUUGUGGAGUCGCCGGCGAGUACGCCGGAGAAGCAAAAGCAAGACUGUGUGGAUCUGACCAAAAAGUUCUUUGCCAAGAAUCUGGAUAACAUGUUCUAUAGGCGCUACAACAACGAGAAAUCCUCCACUGAGAUCGAUAGCAUGUGGCGCCAGCUAAAGGCCACCUUUAACGAGUCCCUCAGCUCUAGUCCGCAGCUCAACUGGAUUUCGCGUCCCACCAGGGAUCUGGCCAUGGCCAAGCUGCAGGCCAUGAAAUUGGAGGUGAAUAACUAUGCGGAUGUAAACUUCACCGAGGAGUUCGCAGGCCUGAACCUGCAGAGCGGCGAUUACGUGGAGAAUGUGCGACAGACGCUACUGCAGAGCGCCAAGGAAAUGCGCGAAUUGCUUCACAAGCCGGCCAAGCCCUUGGAGGCAGGUAGCCAACUCAGCUACACGCCGGCCAACAUUCUGGUGGAGAAUGUCAUCAAGGUGCCCGUGGCCCUGCUGCAGCCGUUCUACAUUUGGGCGGAUGCCUACCCCAAUGCGGUGAUGUUCGGCACUCUCGCCUCACUGAUUGGUCAUGAGCUGAUCCACGGAUUCGAUGACGGCGGCCGGAAGUUCGAUGCCAAAGGCAACUCCCAUGACUGGUGGGAUGACAAGUCCAGCACCAAUUUCCUGGAACGCCGUCAGUGCUUUACGAAGCAGUAUGGCAAGUAUAUUUAUGAUGGCAUACAGCUCAAGGAGUCCACGUCGCAGUCGGAGAACAUUGCGGACAAUGGAGGCAUGCGCCUGGCCUACACCGCCUACCGGAAGUGGUACGAUGCCCAGUCGACGAAGCCGGGUGGCACUGAGGCGCUGGCCUCGGAGAAACUGCCCAGACUGAACUACACCGGCAAGCAAUUGUUCUUCAUCAGCUUUGCCCAGAUCUGGUGCAACGACGCCCAUCCGAACAUCAAGGCUCUGCAGGUGUCCACCGACCAGCACAUGCCUGGCAAGUUCCGUGUUAUUGGUUCCCUAUCGAACUUUAAUGAGUUCUCCAGAGAGUUUAGCUGUGCCGAGGGAUCACCCAUGAAUCCCCAAGAUAAAUGUUUUCUCUACUAAAAGAUUAUUCAGAUUCCAAAAAUAAUUAAUUUGAUUAUUUAACUUGAAACUAAACGAAUAGAAA